AUGGAUCUUGUCGACACUCUGGGUAAACCGAAACAAACUAAUCUUCAACGACAAGGCUGCUACACCAACAUAAACUAUUACAACUGCAGUUUCCCUAGCCAAAGAAUGGCUCGACGCGCAACAACCAAAACUGAUAAAGAAGCAGCCGAGUAUUGCAGGAACAUGGAUCAGCUAAUCGGAUGUGUCUUGGAGCAUCGAAACCAAGAAUGCAGGCUUAGGUUGGAUCAUCAUGAUGAAUGA